CCACACCCAAUUGCCGAAUUCCACUAAAUAAAAGACAAAAGAUAUUUUAUAGCGUCAAAUUGAAGUAUCUAUCUACCAGAAGAGAGAGAGAGGCAUAAACCCUAGCCGCUCAACUCUCUCUCUUUAAACCCUACUCUCAGCUUCUGUUUUAGGUUCGUGGAGUGCAAAGUAUAGUUUGAUUGUCAAAAUGGCUUUCUGUAAUAGAUUUGCAAGUAUAAUGAGGCGAACCAUUUCCCAGAACAGUGCAUCAAUUGGGCAGGUUCCAACGGCAUCUAUGCUGAAUGCCAUUCAUUACAUGUCAUCUUCCAAGCUUUUCAUUGGAGGUCUUUCGUAUGGAACCGAUGACCAGUCUCUCAGGGAUGCAUUUUCUGGCUUUGGUGAUGUUGUGGACGCAAAGGUCAUCACUGAUAGAGAAACAGGGAAGUCUAGGGGAUUUGGGUUUGUGAACUUCACUAGUGACGAAUCUGCCACCUCGGCAAUGUCGUCUAUGGAUGGACAGCCACUGGAUGGGCGGACCGUUCGUGUGAGCUAUGCCACCGAAAGACAAUCAUCUGGUCCCAGUGGUAAUUUUGGAGGUGGCUACGGUUCUGGAAAUUAUCGUGGUGGGUAUGGUGAUGCUAGAGAGAAUGAUCGUUUCUAAGCCAUUGUUGGAUGGUUUUGCUGUCUAUCGCAUCGGCUAUGCUAAAUUGUUUACCUAUCUAGGAUCAUGAGGUGCAUUACUGUGUUUUUAAAUUUAUUUUCCAGACCUAAUUUUGUUAUGGCAUGCUUUCAAUACAAAUUUGCUUUUUACUGCCUAAAUCUGUAGUUCAUGUCGUACUCGCUCUGUUUGCAUUAUUUUGCUGGAAGGCUGGAAUCAUAUAUCUCAAUUACAAUGAA